CUGUCCUGGCGAAUACCCCAACGCUGCCGCCGCACAUGCUCCCCGUCUCCCUCGGAACCUCGUCCAUCCUCGAACCGCCCCAACAAGCCGCUCCGAUGACGGCAGAGGUACCCGUGGAUGCUUUCCCGCCCCCGAUGGGAGGAGCUGGGUCGGUUCGCAAUGGCAGCGUCAAUAGUGGCACUACCGACGUCUUGGGUUCCAUGACGAGCCUCUCUGUGUCUGACGCACAGCAGCAGCAGCAGCAGAGCUUCAUUUGUUGUUGUUGUUGUUGUUGUAUUUAACGCUGGGCUAUUCCUGUUAUAGGACAAAGGGCGCCUGGGGUUGUAG